CCAUUUGCAGAGAUAAUAUAAGGAAGCUAUUUUAUGAGUUAUACAUGAUGGACCACAUUCCCCGUCUAUCAGAGGUCCUGUAUGUUGGUCUGUGUCGUAAGAUAGGGACACCGACAGAAGUGGCCAUCAGAAGGGACGUGUUGGACAUGGAGGAGAUGGUAGCGAAACCUGUUUGGAAUCACAAAGGCUAUGCUGUGAUAAAGAGUGGAAGUUAUAGAGAGGGAUUCGGGUUCAGAUCAUCUGACAUAGAUAAAAUGUUCUGGUUCUGUAAAUUUAAAUUGAUAACUGACAUCUCCCAGUCUCGGUUUUAUAAUGCAUCAAAAUAUAUAAUUGUGGUUUUGGAAGAUUCUGAUACACCGCCAGGAUUUGUCAGAUUACGCCUCCUGACACCACUGCGACACAAAGGCACGAUAUCAUGCUGUGUUCUCUUUAAUGGCUGGGAUUAUUUAUCGAGUCGUCUAUGGAGAGAAAACAUUUUUCAGUUUAGGAAUAAGAAUUGUCCGUCCGUCGAAAAUAUCAAAAUCCAUGGUCCUUGUAGCAGUGGUUUCUACGGAUCUCUUGAAUUCGAUGAAGCCUAUUGUUUAGCCACUUUUCCUUGGCCUAAACUGUUAGGAAGUUGGAUUGAAAGAUGUCAGAGGUAUACCUGGCCGCCAGUACCUGUGCUAGAAAAAAUUUUAAAAAAUGAAUGUCACUGUGUGCCUAUUGGUAGUAAAGUAAAUAUGACUUCUGACGAUUUGGAAUGGAGAUUAUCAUUUUCUCAGGCUGAGCAACAACUAGUGUGUACCAUGAAUCAUACACAGUUUCUAUGUUACGGACUCCUGAAAAUAUUUUUGAAGGAAGUUAUCAAUAGUGGGGAGGAUAAAUUACUGUGUUCAUAUUACAUGAAGACCACAAUGUUCUGGAUAAUGCAAUCAGGACAACUUAGAUGGUGCCCAAACAGCUUACUGGAUUGUUUUUGGAGUUGUUUAAAAUAUCUGAUUCAUUGCGUUUAUCGUGGAGUUUUUCCUAAUUUUUUCAUUCCACAGAAUAACAUGUUCAUAAACAAAGUUGUUAAUGAUUCACGUGAAUCACUUUUACAACAGCUUUAUCAGUAUUACAGAAUGGGCGUGUCCUGUUUACUGCUGAGUCCGACUCUCAGAUCAAUCUUAGAACCAGCCCUAAGUAGCCCGUAUGUAGAAAUAUCUGCUGCUGAGGGAGAAUUUAUGAGUGUAGCAGAUUUAGAUAUAUGUGGCAUGGAAGAAAUAUUUAAAUUACGCUUUCCUGCACAACACAUGCUGGACUCUUAUCUAUACUUCAAAUCAAUUAACACUCUAUCUCCGUUAUCAAUCACACCACAUCAGUUAUUAACAUUACAGUACUGUACCGCUGAGACUCUUGUUAGUUUAGCCUUCAUAAUGACAAACAGUUCUUCAUGUUGCAAACACAAAAAAAUCUAUAACUUAGGUACAAAAAUUUGUGGCAUGUUGAAAAUGGCAGCAAGAUUAAGUCCUGUGUCUUAUUUCCUUUAUUUAGCAUUGUUUUACUAUAGAACAGGGAGAUAUGAUAAGACAGUACGUAUCAAUUAUAUUACUAAACAAAGAUUGUCACAAAACUUGUUUUUGUUAAAAUAUACUGUCGAUGGGCAAAGGUACAACGAAGCUUUAAGUAAUCUGUCUUUAUCUAGAAGAAUGAGAAUAGCCUGGGUGGAUAAUGUGUCUUUAUCUGUAAAUAUCCCCUAUAUUGAAGAAUUGUGUUUAGAACAAAAUGUGAGUAAAAAACAUGGAAAAACAAUCCUAUUUUUAUCACCGUUUGUUAUAGUAGAGAUGUUGUCAGUGUUAUCUCACUAUAGAAUGGGUAAUAGAUCUCAGUGUUUACAGUCACUGACAGACCUACAGACACUGCUGCUCUAUGAUGAUGGAAAAUAUGUUCCUUUACACAUCAGAGACAUAUCCUGGCAGAUACUAGGAAUCUGUCAGCAUGUUGUGGGAGACUUACACGGGGCUUUAUAUUCUUUUGAAGAAUCGCUCAGACAGGAACCAUAUCACAAAAUAAAAGAAGCUACAGAUUUUAGAAUAGAAUGUGUUAAGCAACAAUUGCAGAGAAAUGAACAUAUGUUAAUAUAGGUUUCUAAAUGUUUCUGUUUUAAUUUAAAGCGUUGUAGACCUGAAAGUGGUAUUUGUUUGAUAAAAUUGUAAAGGACACAGAUAAACGUAAUUGUAUGAAGAUAAUAUA